AUGGCCGAAGAUUUGGACACUAGUCAGAUCAAGGAAUGGCGGUCCAUUGUCACACUCAUCGUCUUUCUGUUAACCAAUAUCGUGGUUCUCUUUCCGUUCAAGGUCCCGAUAUACGUACCGCGGACAUUCUACAAUGCCAUACUAAACGCGCUGAGCGCCUGUCGCAUAAUACCUAAGCGACCUAGAAAUGCGCAGGACAGAGGCAGCGACAGGGCUUCAAAAUUCGUGCGCUUCAAUUUUUCGAUGAGUUUUUCGACCGCGCCAUUGAUUGCAGACCUCUUUUUGUUGGCGAUCUCGGCUAUUGGGCGACAAGAAGUGCAUGAUGGCACCGUCGGCGCUGACAACAUCAGUCCUAUCGACAUCAUGGUGUUCUUCGUUACUCUGGCUUAUAUCGCCAUCUCCAUCGAUGCAUCCGGACUCAUCAGAUUCUUGGCUUUCAAGGUGCUCCAAAAAGGAGGCAAAGUAGGCCACUUACUCUUCUUCUACCUAUACGCAUUCUUCUUCAGUCUGGGUGCUUUUGUUGGAAACGACCCAAUCAUCUUGUCUGGCACGGCUUUCCUGGCAUACAUGACACGAGUCUCCAGUAACAUAGACCACCCCAGGGCAUGGAUGUAUGCUCAGUUCUCCAUUGCAAACAUUGCUUCAGCCAUCUUGGUCUCAUCAAAUCCGACAAACCUGGUACUUGCCGGAGCCUUCCAAAUCAAGUUCAUUGUGUACACCGCCAACAUGAUUGUUCCCGUUGUGGUUACUGCAAUUGUGCUAUUCCCUUUCUUGCUGUACGUUGUUUUUGCAAGUCCACAGCUUAUCCCGCUCUCGAUCGAGAUGGAAACAUUGUCAGACGAGGCAAAGAGUAAGAAGCCAGUCAAUCCCAACAUUCCCCAGGCAAAAGGAAAAGAACCGGAAGAUGAUGAAGAAGAAUCUCCUGAGAACAAAGAGCUUGCACUUGCUGAGAUCAUGAAUCCAUUCUUGGACAAGGGUGGUGCGACUUUCGGAUCUGUUGUCAUGGCAGUCGCACUUAUUACACUGCUCGGAAUCAACGCGGCCAGUUCGGCUAUCGGCGAGCACCCUGUAUUCUGGAUCACGUUACCGGCCGCGACUAUCAUGUUCUGUUGGGACGUUGCUUACGGAUGGAGACAUCGCAAAGAGACCCGCGAGAUUGCUAAGAGACGUCAAGCGGAAUUCAGCCAAUCACAAGAAGAGCGAGCAAAUAGUGAACAACGAACCAGCGUCAUGUUGCAGACUCCAGGGGCUUCAAGCUCGUUCGUCCAUGUCGUUCCACCUACGCCUGAGGUUGCACGCUCUGAGAAGAGUAUUCGUUCAGUGGCCGACAUGAGCCCAAGUGCUGGCUCGGCGAUAUCACCUGAGGAGCGAGACUCGACGAACAACGGACCCAGGGACAAAGAAGCAUCAAGAUACGCAUCACACGAAACAGAUUACUCACACACCGAGAAGCUCGACUCAGCAUUGGACAAAGCUAUCGAUGAGGAAAAGACACGAUCUUACAAGGACGACACGCACAACCAGCCUACAUCUCUGGUCUCAUUCAUUGCAGCCAAGUAUAGAUGGUUGCAAGAGACUUUCCCUACCGUCAUGGCAGUCUUGGGUCAUCUUCCACUCAAGCUCGUCCCGUUCGCACUUUCAAUGUUCGUGCUUAUUCAGGGACUCGUCACCAAAGGCUGGGUACCUGUAUUUGCGUAUGGGUGGGAUCACUGGGUGUCCAAAACAGGCACCAUUGGUGCAAUUGGUGGGAUGGGCUUCCUAGGUGUUAUCCUUUGUAACUUUGCAGGAACAAACAUCGGCACGACCAUCUUGCUUUCUCGCGUCAUCCAAGCAUGGCAGCAGAUCCACAUCAAUAACGGCAUACCCAUCACCGACCGCACUUUCUGGGCAACUGUCUACGCCAUGGCACUGGGCGUCAAUUAUGGUGCUUUCAGCAUAGCAUUUAGUGCAUCUUUGGCUGGUCUGCUGUGGCGAGACAUCCUCUCCCGCAAGCAUAUUCAUGUCAGACGAUUAGAUUUUGCACGCGAAAAUAUACCCAUCAUUGCGGUCGCAAUGGUGGUCGGUUGUGCUGUCUUGGUCGGUGAGAUCUAUAUCAUAAGAGACAACUCGCCGUACAAAAUGGGUUGA